AUGCAGCAUGGGCGUCGACGCUUUCACUCAGUAACGUCGGCUCCGCAGUUUGUGACGCUGGGAAGGGCGCCGCUGUUGUGGGCGCGAAGAGGGGCGGGGUCGCCCACGUCUGGGCCGAGGCAGUCGCACGUGACCCCGUUCUUCGCCGCGUUGUUUUCCACCUGCUAUACGGAAGAUGAUCUGGCCGACGAUGUGACUUCCCGUCGAGUGGCCUUCGUGCAGCAUGCCUUGUGUGCGAAGGGGAGGCCGGUUGCUGGUGGUACUACGGUUACAGGAGGUAAGUGGCCUGCCACCGCUCCCUCUACUUUCCUCUCCUUGCGGCCUUGGCACGUGAUUGCGAAUCUUAAACAUGCCGUGCUCUUUGCUAUGAAUGAAGAGGAGAAGUCCCAGCGUCACAAGGUGGGUGAAACUGGAAGAGACGACAUUGGCCGCCGCCAAUAUGAUGGGGAUGAAUCCACUUCCCUGCGGAAGGGCAUACGCGAGGAUAAGGGAGCGAAUUGUAGGGGCGGAGAAAGACAUGUGGCACCUUCUGAGAUUGCUCGGCUCGUGCGUCAAUCCAUGCGCGCGGUUCAGCAGCAAAGCACGCGAGCUAUGGCAGAUGCGAUGAUGACGGAAGCUAAAACACUGCAUGACGCAUCACAGUUACAAGAGAUGGAGGAUAAGUUGCAAUGGGAAAGGGAAUCAUUGCGAAAUGGACCACAGAAAGCAGCAAAAGAAGCGUUGAUGUCAUACGUUCUUGGCGGCGGUGACGAGUUGAGCGGGGAGGCGAGGUCCACAUUGGAGCCUUUGCGUCUUGUCUUGAAAGAAACAAUGCGAUCCUCCGCGUACGCGUUUCAUCUCGCCUUUGAAACACUGCUGCGUCAGGGACAGGACUACAUGGCCGUGGAACUUUUUCGUCGCUGGUGGCGCCAUAACCCACACCUGUUUCCGAUUGAGCUGGGGCCAAACCUCGAGAACGAGGUGGUCUCAAUGCUUGAGGACAUCAGGGCAGAGGGGGACGUCUCCCCUCUACAGUGGAGCAUGAUCGCCAGGCUUCUGGCACAAAUCCCCUACAAGAAAUACAUGGUCUCGUCUCCCUUGUUCACACGAGUGUUGAAGGUGGCGUUGUGCCUUGGCAUCCCUGCCCUGGAAGACGAAUUUGUUUUAAAAGAACUGAUUUACCAGGGAGUGUAUGUGGCGUGUUGUGGCUCCCGCGCCGGUAACAUGGAUGGAAGUGGUCACAACACGGAGCCCUCUACUUGCCGUAACGAUUUGUAUUUCCAUGUGUAUCAGGAGAAAUACGAGGAUUGGCUUGUACUUAUUGGGGCGAUGGCUGCAGCGGCGGUGUUGGAACGUCAUGCAGAGGCAUUUUUGCGGGAGCAAGGUGGUGGGGCGAGGUACGAUCGUUUUGUACGUUCCGUCCGUGACGAAUACACAGCAUUCAUCCAGAGGGCAUCUUGCCCGCAACUAAUUUAUUCGACUCAGGCUAGUCUCACAGCGACGACGAAGCAGGAUGGGGAAACAUCAAAGCCAUCGGCGGUGCCAGGUUGGAGCAAGCUGCUCUUUACAACUGUGCUUCGUUGUUAUGAAGAGGCAGGCGUAUUUCACGCCUCGCCGGUUCGUCGUCCCGGAAAUACAGCGGCACUUUGGCGCCAAAUUCAUACUAGACUGAUUCAACAGUUUCCACAUGUUUUUCACGCCGGAAACACAGUCACUACUUUACUUUCUUUUGCGGCACUGGAAGAGGCAGCAGUUUCUUCUUUAGGAACGCGUCGUUUGACCUUUUAUGGAAAGGAAGAGGCAUUAUGCCGUUGGCGUCUUGAGUGUCUGUCAGAGCGGGAAACACAAGGUAGUGGGAGCAGCAUCCAUAACGAGUUUGUGUGGCCUCAGGCUGUAAGCGAUAUUCCUCGUGCGUCCAGACGUUUGCGGGCUCGCCUUGUCACUGCGCACAGUGUUCGCUUAAAUGGCGUUGCGCGCGAAGUCUCUGCGGACGCUAACCCCAGUACAGAUGCAGAGGUGCAUGCUCAGCAGAAGCAGCUUCAUUGGAAACACCGAGAACUAUUUGGCCACGCGUUAAGCCUUUCUGUCUCACAACACAGCAUUCCUGUGUUUGUGACGUCGGAGGAAGUCAAAAGCUACGCCGCGGAUGCCAUAGAUGAGAUUGAGGCCGCCCGAUUGAACAUUGUUGAGAUCUUCCGUGAGCAUACGUCGUUGCUCAUGUUGCGCCCCGCGUCUUCACUUGACGAAUUAAGCUCACAAGAACGUCGAAGUUGCGGUGGAAUUCUUGCGGAAGCCUCACAACCGUCUAUGUAUCUUUUUUUGCGUCUUGUGUCGCUCUUGUCAUCGUUCGGGGAAUCCCCAGUGUCUGCUGCUGAAGCAGUAGAUAAUGUGGGCGAAAGCCGUUCCUUUCCGCUGCUUACCUGCAUAGAGGAAGAUAUUCUUCCUUACUGUCAUCCAAGCGUAGCUAUCUUUUUGCGACGGUGUUGCACCACGUAUCUCUCGCGCAGUGGGACGCGAGGGAUUGAGGCGCUCGUGGGUGGACAUCAGACGUUUCUAGAGCAACUAACAGAGGAGGCUGCCGUAGAGCGUCUGCUUUUUGGUGUGCUUUGGGGCGGUGGCAGGGGCAAGAGGGAGACAGGGUCGUCAAACCAUUACUCCUUCGGGAGCGGUUCUUUGGCGUGGCAGGUCAUUGCCCAGCAUCGUUCGGUCAUUUUUCGCACGGACGGUCGUUCGCUGUUGGAAAUGGUUCUUUCCCAUUUGACGACGCUUUCCCUCACCAUUCCAGAUGACUACAGGCGCAUUGUUUGUGUCUCAUCGCAUAUGCACCGUGUCGUUGCGGACUUGAUGGAUAGUGCAAGUACUGCACUGUCAGCUCUUCGUAACGAGUUGGAAUGGAAUCCGGCUUCAGCAAGACAUAUUUACAUCUCCCUGCUGGAAUUGCUAUCAUGGGUGAUAGACAAGAACAGUAGGAAGAAGGUGGGGGAGGGGGCGAUGAACGGCAUGUGCGAAGGAUGUACAGAUGAGGUUGGAGAUGAGGACGCUUCUGAGGAAGACAGCGGGGCAAAUCUGCCGACCCUCGUUGAUACGGCGCGUCACUGGCGUGUGGUGCAACGUUGCUUUCGUAUGCAGGCAUCGGCUCUCAAGGUCUUUCCUCCCUCCCUUUUGGAGCGCAUCUGCCUUAUUCUUGUGCAUAGCUGUCCUGAUGUGGAGUUGAUUGUGACAUGUUUGCUUGCGUUGUGUCAGCAGUCACGUGGAGAAUCCCGGUCUGGCGGAGAGUCUCUGUCAUUUAUUACCCCGCGGUUACUUACGAGCCUGUGUUGCUUGUUAGUCAUGAAUGGACUGGGCAGGAGCUCAGUUUUGAAAUGGCGAGAACAGAAUGGUGCCCCUUCUUCUUCGUUGUCUCCCUCGUGUGUUGUUGGUGGUGGUGCUGACGCCAACGCCCUUAGCGAGUGGCAUUUGAUGCGCCUUGAGCACCUGAUGCCGUCAGCGAACCAACACCAGAAGGAGGAGAGGGCGGUGCCUGAUAGGUGCACUGCAGGCUACCAUGAUGGUGGUGAUGAUUCUGCAGUUGGAACAAACGAGGCGGCGCAUUUGUUGGGCAGCAUUGUUCUUGACGUGUUGCUCAGUGAUGCCCACUGGAUACCGCUGCGGAAUGCUCAAUACUACGUUUUUAUUUUUACUUCAGCGGCAGAGUCGCUGCCAAGGGAAGGCACAGAUGCGGCCACUGUGCACGGCAACAAAUCCUCCUUUCCAUUGGGAGUUGUAUUGCCAUCACGGCAGAUGUCUUUUUCCCAUCCGACUGGAGUUCGCCAGCGGGUGACAAAUCUCAAAGAUGCACUUCGCGAAAUGGGAGCGCUGAGGCGACUACAGCUUCGCAGUUCCAUGUCACCAGUGCAAAGGCGCGAGAAGGGAGUGCUGGAAGCGUAUCGUUUGACAGAUGAUGAUGAUAAUGAUGCUGAGGGAGAGGAAGAAGUGGUAAAUUUUUUCCUCCGUUGUGGGGCCGACGAGUUUGGGGUCACAACACCGCACCCUUCCACAUGA